CCGGUAAGCUCUGUCGCUCGCGUGCUCAGCCCCGGUCGCCCCUUUCGCUUGGACCCCCUUCCCCGUUGGUGCAAGGACGGGGUGAGAUAAGGCGGAGCUGACCUGGAAACCUCUGCUUGGCCACUGUCCUUUCUAAGGAACUCGCCUUCCCGAGCCCGCCCGCACAGAACUGGCAGGGGACCCUUUUAGGAGCAGAGAACAUGGCGAUCUUCAGGCAGCUGUCCCUGGGUGCAAAGGCUGCCCUGGCUGCCAGCACUGUCUUCGUGUCCAUGAUUGUGUCCCGCUCCUAUCUGGCGGGGAGCCUCGAGCUCAGGGCCUGGCGUUGGCUGUUGCGCCUGCAGCUCGCCCUGUUUGCCAACUCGCUCAUGCUCAUUGGCUCCCUCUACAUCUGGCGUAGCACAGUCAGCAACCUCAGCCACUCCCCAGCCGCAGAGUCCACCUGUUUUCAGCUUUGGAAGAUGGCUGUUGUGGCAUUUCUGGCCCUGGCCCAUUCCAGUUUCUUCACCAUGCUCUUUUUAGUGGCCGAGGAACCCUAUCUCUUCUCCGUGGCAGCCUACUCCUGCCUCGGGGCAUACAUCAUCAUGCUCUUCUUCCUGUGUACCCUCAGUGGCAUGGAGCAGGCCUCCCAGCUCUUGGCCUGGCGCAGUGGUCGGGCCGUGGGCAGCCUUGACAAGACAAGGAAGCUGGCUGUCAGGCCAGCCCUGGCAGUGGUAGUGACCGCCGUGCUCAGCGUGCUGGGGCUGCUGAAUGCUGCCCAGCCCCCAGCUGUGAAAACUGUGGAGGUGCCCAUCCAGCAGCUGCCUCCCUCGAUGGACAGCCUCAAGAUCGUGCUCCUCUCAGACAUUCACUUGGGCCCCACAGUGGGCAGGACCAAGAUGGAGAUGUUCGUGAGGAUGGUGAACAUGCUGGACCCAGACGUCACAGUGAUCGUGGGUGACCUCUGUGACGCCGAAGCCUCCAUCCUCCGCACAGCUGUGGCUCCUUUGGGCCAGCUCCACUCACGCCUCGGCACCUACUUUGUCACGGGGAAUCAUGAAUACUACACGUCGGACGUCAGCAACUGGUUUGCGCUGCUGGCAUCCCUGAAUGUCAAGCCCCUUCACAAUGAGAACGUGAAGAUUUCCGCCCCGGGGCCCCAUCAUGGGGGCGGAGAGGAGGAGGGCUGGAUCUGCUUGGCUGGGGUGGAUGAUAUCGAAGCAGACAUCCUGCACUACUCCGGCCACGGCAUGGAUCUCGUCAAGGCCCUGGGGGGCUGCAGCCCAGACCACACCACCAUCUUGCUAGCUCACCAGCCGCUGGCUGCCAAGAGAGCCCUGCAGGAUCGGCCAGAUAUUAACCUGAUUCUUUCUGGGCACACGCAUGCUGGGCAAAUCUUCCCCUUGAACGUGGCAGCCUAUCUCUUGAACCCCUUCUUUGCUGGCCUCUACCAAGUGACCCAGACUACGUUUGUAUAUGUCAGCCCAGGCACAGCCUACUAUGGAAUACCCAUGAGGUUGGGUAGCAGGGCGGAGAUUACGGAGCUCAUCCUACAGCGGGCUCCCUGAACCUGGCCCUGCCUCGUA